GUAAUUAAGGCAUCUUGCAAUGUUCGUAACAAAAAACUUCAUUCAUAUCCGUAUCUUCACGAUUCAUCAGAGGACGAGCCGUAUUUGUCAUCUGAUGACAACGUUACGGAUCAUAGCGGAUAUGUGAGGAGUGCAUCGAGAUCGAGCCAGAAGAGUGCAAGUAGUGAAUUUGCACGAACCACGAACUCACCCAUAGCCAGCAGAUGUUCGUCCACAAGUCCGCAUAUAAGCGAACGUAAACAUAAGCGUCGUGAAGAGGCGAAACGUAAAAAACAGGAACUGCACGAUUUGGAGUUGAAAAACGUGGAACUUAAGACGCAGGUGGCCGGUCUGAGCAAAGAGAUCAGCUAUUUGAAAACAAUUCUCCACGAAGUAUUGCAUAAGCCAACUAACUAA